UAUUAUACAUAUUUAACCCAAAAAAAUAAAAUAUAUUAAACGUUAAGAUAUAUAUUACAAGCUCCGGUUACCACUCGCACUCUUCAUCUCUCCCUAGAGCUCCAUUCCAAUCAAGACCAACGUCCGAAAAUGGAGAUCACAAACGUUACCGAGUAUGACGCCAUCGCCAAGCAGAAGUUGCCUAAGAUGGUUUACGACUACUAUGCGUCUGGUGCAGAGGACCAGUGGACUCUUCAAGAGAACAGAAACGCUUUUGGAAGGAUCCUCUUCCGCCCACGGAUUUUGAUUGAUGUGAACAAGAUUGACAUGGCAACCACUGUCUUGGGGUUCAAAAUCUCGAUGCCGAUCAUGGUUGCUCCUACUGCCAUGCAAAAGAUGGCUCACCCUGAUGGAGAAUAUGCUACCGCUAGAGCUGCAUCUGCAGCUGGAACUAUCAUGACACUAUCUUCAUGGGCUACUUCCAGUGUUGAAGAAGUUGCUUCCACAGGGCCAGGGAUCCGUUUCUUUCAGCUCUAUGUAUACAAGAACAGGAAUGUGGUUGAGCAGCUGGUGAGAAGAGCUGAGAGGGCUGGGUUUAAAGCCAUUGCUCUCACUGUGGAUACCCCAAGGCUAGGGCGUAGAGAGUCUGAUAUAAAGAACAGAUUCACUUUGCCUCCUAACCUGACAUUGAAGAACUUUGAAGGUCUUGACCUCGGAAAGAUGGAUGAGGCCAAUGACUCUGGCUUGGCUUCAUAUGUUGCUGGUCAAAUUGACCGCACCUUGAGCUGGAAGGACGUCCAGUGGCUCCAGACAAUCACCAAAUUGCCUAUUCUUGUCAAGGGUGUUCUUACGGGAGAGGAUGCGAGGAUAGCGGUUCAAGCUGGUGCAGCCGGGAUCAUUGUGUCAAACCAUGGAGCUCGCCAGCUUGACUAUGUCCCAGCAACAAUCUCAGCCCUGGAAGAGGUUGUCAAAGCGACACAAGGACGAAUUCCUGUCUUCUUGGAUGGUGGUGUUCGCCGUGGCACAGAUGUCUUCAAGGCACUUGCACUUGGAGCCUCCGGAAUAUUCAUUGGAAGGCCAGUGGUAUUCGCAUUGGCUGCUGAAGGAGAGGCUGGGGUUAGAAAGGUGCUUCAAAUGCUGCGUGAUGAGUUCGAGCUGACCAUGGCACUGAGUGGAUGCCGGUCUCUAAAGGAAAUCUCCCGUAACCACAUUACCACCGAAUGGGACACACCACGUCCUUCGGCCAGGUUAUAAAGAGAAUACAACAACAAGAAGCAGAGAACAGAAGAAACACAGAACACGUAAUGGCUAAAAAUAUUCAUACUCUGAUUAGUCACUAGGAUUUCUACUCUGCUAUUUAUCUCAGGACUUGUUUCUCCCUCUACCAAAUACACAAACCAAGCCUAGAGAUUCUGUAAUGCUAUUUGGCUACUUCUUUCUUCAGUCCAUUCUUCUUUCUAAA